AUGCGCCCUUUCAUCAGACAGGAAGAGACCUGGCGACACGACUGGCCAAGCUCAAGCGAAGAAAGAAUGCGAGAGGAUAGCUGGCGGAAAAGGGAAUUCAGAAGAGAAGAACGGACCGAAAUAGUCCCGCCGUCAUGGCACAGGAGCAAUCUGCCUUGUUGGGCAAAACCGGUGGAGAGCUGGAGAAGAUUUGACAGUCCGGUAACGCAGCAUCAGCGGAUAUCUGAAACAUUCGAUGAACCAGCGGACGAGGAGGAUCGCUCUUCACCAACCAUUUGGGAGAGGUUACUUUUAGAACAAGUUUAA